CGGGGACAUAAAACUACAGCGUCUGACCCGAAGCGGUCGGUGCUGAGUUUCUGCUGCAGGUCCAGGUCCUGCCGCUGGAUUCCCCCGUUGUUUUUUUUAUUUUUGGGAAGGGUGACUGUCGACGGUUGGGCUUUUGUAACUAGGGAAUAACACACUAAGUACUGAGAGAAUCCUCCGCUAUCUUUGCACCCUUCUUUCUCCUUCAGGGGCCCUGCAUGUCUAAUAUUUAGACAUGUUCAGCUUUAUGGAUUCCCGGACUGUACUGCUGCUUCUAGCAACCCAAGUCUGUCUAUUAACCGUUGUGAGAUGUCAAGAAGAAGAUGACCAGGAGGAUGCCUUUAGCUGUUUACAAGAUGGACAGCAAUAUAAUGACAAGGACGUAUGGAAACCAGAGCCUUGUCGUAUCUGUGUGUGUGACACUGGAACCGUACUGUGUGAUGAAAUUGUCUGCGAGGAGCUAAAAGACUGCUCCAAACCUGAAAUCCCAUUCGGAGAGUGUUGCCCCGUCUGCGCAGCUGACCCAUCUACGCCAAUUGGAGUACCUGGAGCUAAGGGUCAGAAAGGCGAACCCGGAGACAUUACUGAUGUUGUAGGACCAAGAGGACCGGCUGGCCCGAUGGGCCCAUCAGGAGAGCAAGGAGCUCGCGGGUCAAGAGGAGAUAAGGGAGAGAAGGGAGGCCCUGGUCCCCGUGGCAGAGAUGGUGAGCCUGGCACCCCCGGAAACCCUGGACCCCCUGGUCCUCCAGGACCAAAUGGACCCCCUGGACUUGGUGGAAACUUUGCUGCUCAGAUGAAUUCUGGAUUUGACGAGAAGUCCGGCGGUGCACAGAUGGGAGUGAUGCAAGGACCAAUGGGCCCUAUGGGACCCAGAGGACCACCUGGCCCCUCUGGAUCACCUGGCCCUCAAGGUUUCCAGGGCAACCCAGGAGAGGCUGGAGAGCCUGGACAAUCUGGCCCCAUGGGUCCCCGUGGCCCCGCUGGACCCCCUGGAAAACCUGGAGAUGAUGGUGAAGCAGGAAAAUCUGGCAAAUCAGGUGAUCGUGGACCUGCUGGACCUCAGGGAGCCCGUGGAUUCCCAGGAACUCCUGGCCUACCCGGCAUCAAGGGACACAGAGGUUAUUCAGGUCUUGAUGGAGCUAAGGGAGAGACUGGAGCUGUUGGUUCAAAGGGUGAGUCUGGCUCUUCUGGAGAGAAUGGCGCCCCUGGACCAAUGGGACCACGUGGUUUGCCUGGUGAGAGAGGUCGUCCUGGACCCAGCGGAGCCGCUGGAGCUCGUGGAAAUGAUGGCAUGUCUGGCCCUGCUGGUCCCCCUGGCCCUAUUGGUCCUUCAGGAGCUCCUGGUUUCCCUGGCUCUCCUGGCUCAAAGGGAGAAGCUGGCCCCACUGGUGCUCGUGGACCUGAGGGUGCUCAAGGACCUCGUGGAGAAUCAGGCACCCCUGGAUCACCAGGACCUUCUGGCGCUUCUGGCAACCCUGGUACUGAUGGUAUCCCCGGAGCUAAAGGAUCAGCUGGUGGUUCUGGUAUCGCUGGGGCUCCUGGUUUCCCAGGACCCCGAGGACCUCCUGGGCCUCAGGGAGCAACUGGACCUCUUGGACCUAAAGGAACAUCUGGAGACGCAGGUAUUGCAGGAUUCAAGGGAGAGGCUGGACCCAAAGGAGAAAUUGGACCAGGUGGUCUUCAGGGAGCACAUGGCCCACAAGGAGAAGAGGGCAAGAGAGGAAUUAGAGGUGAGCCCGGUACUGCUGGACCACUUGGACCUCCUGGAGAGAGAGGAUCUCCCGGUAAUCGAGGUUUCCCUGGUCAAGAUGGUUUGGCUGGCCCCAAGGGAGCCCCAGGUGAGCGUGGACCCUCUGGUGCUAGUGGCGCCAAGGGUGCCGGUGGUGACCCUGGUCGUCCCGGAGAGCCUGGUCUGCCUGGUGCCAGGGGUCUGACUGGACGACCUGGUGACGCUGGUCCUCAGGGCAAAGGUGGACCUUCUGGAGGUGCUGGUGAGGAUGGACGUCCAGGACCCCCCGGGCCACAGGGAACCCGUGGACAGCCUGGUGUCAUGGGAUUCCCUGGACCAAAGGGAGCAACUGGUGAGCACGGCAAGGCUGGAGAAAAAGGACUUCUUGGAGCUCCUGGUCUGAGAGGUCUGCCUGGCAAAGAUGGAGAAACUGGCUCUGCUGGCCCCCCCGGCCCUGCUGGUCCUGCUGGAGAAAGAGGAGAGCAAGGACAGCCUGGACCCUCCGGCUUCCAGGGUCUGCCUGGACCCCCUGGCCCCCCUGGUGAGGGAGGCAAGCCUGGAGACCAGGGUGUGCCUGGAGAAGGUGGAGCUGCUGGUGCUACUGGACCUAGAGGAGAGCGCGGUUUCCCCGGAGAGAGAGGAGCUGCCGGACCUCAGGGUCUGCAGGGACCCAGAGGUCUGCCUGGAACUCCUGGAACUGACGGAACCAAGGGUUCCAUUGGACCUUCUGGUGGUGCUGGAGCUCAGGGGCCCCCUGGCCUGCAGGGUAUGCCUGGAGAAAGAGGAGGUGCUGGCAUUCCUGGACCUAAGGGAGAUAGAGGUGACCUUGGAGAGAAAGGACCUGAGGGUGCUUCCGGCAAGGAUGGUGGCAGAGGUCUCACUGGUCCCAUUGGUCCUCCUGGUCCUUCUGGGCCCAACGGUGAGAAGGGUGAAUCUGGACCUUCUGGUCCUUCUGGAGCUCCUGGAACCCGUGGCGCUCCUGGUGACAGGGGUGAGACUGGAUCACCUGGGCCUGCUGGAUUUGCUGGACCCCCUGGAUCUGAUGGUCAACCUGGAAUUAAGGGAGAACAGGGAGAGUCUGGACAGAAGGGAGAUGCUGGUGCUCCUGGACCUCAAGGACCAUCUGGUGCCCCAGGACCUGCAGGUCCUACAGGCGUUUUUGGACCUAAAGGUGCUCGUGGUGCUCAGGGACCUUCUGGUGCCACUGGAUUCCCUGGAGCUGCUGGCCGUGUGGGUCCCCCUGGUCCCAACGGUAAUCCUGGAUCUCCUGGUCCUGCCGGCUCUCCUGGUAAAGAUGGACCCAAGGGUGUGAGGGGAGAUGGUGGACCUUCAGGCAGACAGGGUGAUGCUGGACUCCGUGGUCCUGCUGGGGCUCCUGGAGAGAAGGGAGAUGCUGGAGAGGAUGGUCCUCCUGGUCUCUCAGGUCCUUCAGGUCCUCAGGGCUUGGGUGGUCAGCGCGGUAUUGUCGGUCUACCUGGACAGCGUGGUGAGAGAGGUUUCCCUGGUCUGCCCGGACCUUCUGGUGAGCCUGGAAAGCAGGGAGCUUCUGGUGGCUCUGGAGACCGUGGACCCCCUGGACCUGUUGGACCACCUGGACUUACCGGACCGGCAGGAGAGCCCGGUAGAGAGGGCAACGCUGGAUCUGAUGGACCUCCUGGUAGAGAUGGUUCUGCUGGUAUCAAGGGUGAUCGUGGUAACACUGGUCCUGCUGGUGCUCCUGGUGCUCCAGGUGGUACUGGUGCUCCUGGUCCUGUUGGUCCCACUGGCAAACAGGGAGACAGAGGAGAGUCUGGUGCACAAGGACCUGCUGGAUCUUCAGGACCUGCUGGGGCCAGAGGAAUGCCUGGACCCCAAGGACCCCGUGGUGACAAGGGUGAGGGUGGAGAGUCAGGUGAGAGAGGACAGAAGGGACACAGAGGCUUCACUGGUCUGCAAGGUCUGCCUGGACCUCCGGGUCAAUCUGGAGACCAGGGAGCAACUGGACCUUCUGGACCUUCUGGACAGAGAGGACCUGCUGGACCUACUGGACCUGGUGGAAAGGAUGGUGCAAAUGGUAUGCCAGGACCCAUUGGACCCCCCGGACCUCGUGGUCGCAGUGGAGAGUCUGGUCCCGCUGGUCCUCCUGGAAACGCUGGACCCCCCGGUCCUCCUGGUCCUGCUGGCCCUGGCAUCGACAUGUCUGCCUUCGCUGGCCUGGGUCAGACUGAGAAGUCCCCAGAUCCUGCCAGGUACAUGAGAGCCGACCAGGCUUCUGGAAACCUCCGUCAGCACGAUGCCGAGGUCGACGCAACGCUCAAAUCUCUCAACAACCAGAUUGAGAACAUCCGCAGCCCCGAGGGAUCUAAGAAGAACCCUGCUCGCACCUGCAGAGACCUGAAGCUCUGCCACCCUGACUGGAAGAGUGGAGAAUACUGGAUUGAUCCCAACCAGGGCUGCACUGUUGAUGCAAUCAAGGUCUUCUGCAACAUGGAGACAGGUGAAUCUUGCGUCCGGUCCAAGCCUGCCAACAUCCCCCGUAAGAACUGGUGGUCCAGCAAGAGCAAGGACCGCAAACACGUCUGGUUCGGAGAAACAAUGAAUGGAGGAUUCCACUUCAGCUAUGGUGAUGACAGCCUGGCACCCAACACUGCUGCCAUUCAGAUGACCUUCCUGAGACUGCUGUCCACCGAGGCUUCUCAGAACCUCACCUACCACUGUAAGAACAGUGUGGCCUACAUGGACAGUGCAAUGGGCAACCUGAAGAAGGCCGUGCUGCUGCAGGGCUCCAACGAUGUGGAGAUCAGAGCUGAGGGCAACAGCCGCUUCACUUACAGCGUGAUGGAGGACGGCUGCACGAGACACACGGGCCAGUGGGGAAAGACGAUUAUAGAAUACAGAUCACAGAAGACCUCUCGUCUACCCAUUGUGGACAUUGCCCCUAUGGAUAUUGGUGGAUCAGACCAGGAGUUUGGAGUCGAUGUCGGUCCGGUCUGCUUCUUGUAAAGAACGAGAUAUCGAAAAGAAGAGAGUGGGAGAAAAAAAAAGUGGAAAUUUGGGGGGAAAAAAACAACUAAAAAAUGAAAGAUAAGCUUGCUUCAGAUAAAGGUGAGAAAGAGAGAAAAAGAAAAAUCGAGACACUUUUUUUUAAACAGGACUUUUUUAAGAAAAAAAAAGUGCUUUUUCCAAGUCGAACUCCGUAGGAUAUCUGCACUGAAUGGCACUAGCAACUGUCAUCUGUGACUCAUCCAGCAUUGCCUCCAGUCAACUCACCCUGCCCCAUGGACACCUGGUGUUCCCCCAAAAGCCCUACUCCACCCUGGGUGAACAGCAAACCACCCCCUCCCCCCUUACAUAACCUAUCCCCACAUCCUUGAACAAGAAGGAGGAAGUAUGAGGAAAGUAUGGGAACAUACCAGGGAACUAGAGAGAGAAAAGUGUCUUGGAGUUAUUUAUUUAUUGUUUAGGUUUGGGUCCCAGGUGCAGUAGGACUGAGUUUGAUGCUAAGUGAUAAGACACCACACUUACACAUAAUAAUGAAAGGAAACUAAUCCACCGACUUCCUCGUACUUCCUCCUCUCUUGGAACCCACCCCCAUCUCUACUGUACCAUAUCCACUACAUUAAAAAAUCUCUUUUAAACCAAAAAUCUAGCUUUGUAGAAAGUGCAGAUGUUUCUAUUUCUACCACCACAGUGUGUAUCAAAACUUUACUGUGUAUUAUAAUAAAAGGCGAUGGUGCUAUUGUUGUAAAACAGUCUGUAUUUUUUAAACAACCAGAAACUCAUUUGUAGUGACUUCUAUCUAUAUAUAUAUAUAUAUAUAUAUAUAUAUAUAUAUGUAUGUAUGUAUAUAUGUAUAUACAUAUAUAUAUAUAUAGAUACAGUUUCUAAGAGAGAGCCUUUGACCCCUGGAAUAUUGGAUUUCAGGGUGAGGAGUAUCCCCCGCGUUGCCCUCCUGCUUCAACCCUUGCAUAUAAACAUAUCCCUAAUGAAUUUUACAAUGUAGGCUUUGUCCAAUUUGGAACACAUUUAAUGAAAAUUUUUCUUUAGUUUACUCAAUAUUUGUUUGAAUAUUUUAAAGCUACCUCACAUUAAAAAACAAACAAACAUGUAAAGGCAUUUUUCCCCUUGAAUCCUUUGUUUACAAUCCUAUAUUUUAUGGAAAGUGACCAAUAUUUAGAGAAUUUUGGUCAUGAAGGCUCAGUCUGCUCCCCCUCCCUGCCACACAUUUGCUGUGAUUUUGAACCCUGUCUAUCUCUAUUUCCUCCCAUCAGUCCCCUCGCACACGGCACACCCUCUGCCUCAGCACACACACACACACACAGAUGAAAAGGUUUAAGGUGUGUCUGACUUUGGCUCCAGUUACAUACAGCUAGCGCAGAGGGUUCAUUUGUGUGAGGAUGUGUAUAUUUGUAUUAUUAAUAAUAAUAAUGACAUUAUUAUUAAUAAUAGCUUUCUUAUAUUAUUAUUAUUAUGGUCAUGACUUGUUUUUGUUACGUUUUAAUUAAUGUAAAUUGGAAAUAAAAGACAAAACCAAGUGA